AUGAAAUCCAAAAAUCACUAAAAAAGUACACUAGCUGAAGAUUAAAUGGAGGAUCAGUACCAACUUUAUAAAUCGAUGGAACGUAUUUCGAUUUGUUAACCCUUCAGCAAUAAAGAAUUUUUCAACCGAUAAAAAUUGUAUGAUGAUUUAUACAAUACUAAUCAAAUAAAAUGUGAAAGCCUAAACUCUAUUACACUAGAGAAGGGAAUGAAACAAAGUAAAUAUAAGGACAUUGUGGAGUCUGCUAAAUUAAAAUAUGCUUCAUCACCAAAUAAUAUCAGAAACAGUAUCAUAAAAUUACAAUAAAACUCGAUAACAGAGAUUGUAGAACAAUUGAGAAAUUAAAAGAAAGUGAAUAAUGUCAAACUUAAAAACAAUGCUAAUAGUCUCAAGAAACAAUAGUAAUUAAACCUAAAUCUCAUUUUGAUUAUUUCUAUUCCACUGUUAUGCUUUUUGGUAGUAAUUAUUGAAAUGGCAAGAAUAGAAGGUUAAAAUACAAAUUGA